GCUCUGUCAUUGAAGAUUACAUUUUGUGGGCAGCGUGAGACUGGAGAUCACCAUCGCGCUCAAUUCCUACGCUAUCUCCGCCGCCAUGGAUUCUCCGAAGGAUUCCUUGAUCCCAAGCUUCCUCUAUUCUUCGUCUUUGUCUCCGAGGGCCUUCCGUCUGGAUCAGAUGGUCAACUCCAACGCCAACACCGCCUUCUCCUCCAAUGUCGAUAAAUCUCCCUCUCCGGCGAUGUUGUCUAAGAAAAGCUUCCUCAUCGCAUCUCCCUCCGAGCCUGGGAACAAGAUCGAGAUGUACUCGCCGGCCUUCUACGCUGCCUGUACCUUCGGUGGCAUCCUCAGCUGUGGUCUCACUCACAUGACCGUCACCCCUCUCGAUCUCGUCAAGUGCAACAUGCAGAUUGACCCUGCUAAGUACAAGAGCAUCUCAUCUGGUUUCGGAGUUUUGCUCAAAGAGCAAGGAGUGAGAGGGUUCUUCCGUGGAUGGGUUCCCACUCUGUUAGGUUACAGUGCUCAGGGGGCGUGCAAGUUCGGAUUCUACGAGUUCUUCAAGAAAUACUAUUCCGACCUUGCUGGACCUGAGUACUUUGCCAAAUACAAAACUCUCAUCUACCUUGCUGGUUCUGCUUCGGCCGAGGUAAUUGCCGAUGUUGCUCUCUGCCCAUUCGAGGCAGUGAAAGUCAGGGUUCAGACGCAGCCCGGAUUUGCCCGGGGAAUGUCUGAUGGAUUUCCCAAAUUUGUCAAGUCUGAAGGUGUCGGGGGCUUGUAUAAGGGUCUUGGUCCACUCUGGGGACGACAGAUUCCUUACACUAUGAUGAAGUUUGCUUCUUUUGAGACAAUUGUUGAGAUGAUCUACAAGUACGCGAUCCCCACACCGAAGGAGCAGUGCAGCAAAAAUCUGCAACUUGGAAUUAGCUUCGCUGGAGGUUAUGUUGCUGGAGUGUUCUGUGCGAUCGUUUCUCAUCCUGCGGACAACCUAGUAUCCUUCCUCAACAACGCCAAGGGAGCAACUGUUUCGGAUGCGGUGAAGAAGCUGGGGAUGUGGGGUCUGUUCACUAGAGGGCUUCCUCUACGUAUUGUGAUGAUAGGGACACUGACAGGUGCCCAGUGGGGUAUCUAUGAUGCUUUCAAAGUCUUCGUUGGCCUGCCAACCACGGGAGGUGUUGCUCCAGCAGCUGCCCCUGCCACUGAGCUUGUCAAAGCUUGAGACUUGAUGAGGGAAGGGAUGGCCGAAGUUGAAAGAAGGCAACAAAAAGUAACUCGUAGGAAUUUUUAUUAAUAAAAGAUUGAAAUGGAUUUUUGCUGAAGAGUGUGAGACUCAGCCUGAUUGGAAAGAUGAUCAGAGAGCUGCAUCAUUUUUGUUUUUCCCUGAUUUUCAGGAUAUCGAUUUCCUUCCUUCUUCUCCCUCAGCUAUAAGCGUAGUUCCUUUUUAUACAACUCCCAUUAUUGUAAUUUGUGGGAGCCGGAGGGUCUUCUUCUCCCUUCUUUCGUGUUAUGUUACUUGCGAAAUAAUGGUCGGAUAUUCGUAAUAUUCGAAGUUGAUUAUUCAA